AUGUGUGUCGAUUACACCGAUCUCAACAAGGCGUGCCCCAAAGAUUGUUAUUCAUUACCGGAGAUCGACAAAAAGAUAGACUCUCUCGCGCCAUACAGGCGGAAAUGUUUUCUGGACUGCUACAAGGGGUAUCACCAAGUCCAGAUGAAGCUGGAAGAUGAAGACAAGACAGCUUUUUGGACCGACCUCAGAAUCUUCUGUUACACAAAGAUGCCGUUCGGCCUCAAAAAUGCUGGCGCAACAUACCAGCGUCUGAUGGAUAAAAUCUUUGCUGAAGAUAUUGGGAAGCAUAUUGAGGUUUACAUUGAUGAUCUUGUAAUCAAGAGUCCCGAGGAGGACCAAAUUUUAAAAGAUAUAGAGAAGACAUUCAACUCUUUGAGAAGUGUGAAUAUGAAGUUAAAUCCAGCCAAAUGUUCUUUUAGUAUGGAGGAAGGCAAAUUCUUGGGUUUCGUGGUUACAAAUGGCGGUUUUAAAGUUAAUCCUGAAAAGGUUCAAGCCAUAGAGCAGAUGCCAUCACCCCGCAUGAUCAAAGAAAUGCAAAGGUUGGCCGGCCGCCUAGCCACGCUUAACCGAUUUCUAUCAAACCACGCUGCAAAAUUGUACCCUUUUAUCAGUACUUUGCGCAACUGUGUGAAGAAGCAAGAAUUCAAGUGGACGCCGGAUGUAGAAGCUGCCUUCCAACAAAUGAAAGAGUGUUUGAUUAAGCUCCCUACCCUGACCGUGCCGUUUGAAAAAGAGCUAGUCAUUCUGUACUUGUCUUCUUCGGACAAAGCAGUUGGGUCGGUAUUAUUGGUCGAGAAAGAUGGAGUUCAGACUCCAAUUUACUAUGUUACAGAUCCAGAAACAAGAUAUUCAACAAUGGAAAACCAGAAACAUCAGGUCGCCUUGCAAAGUGGGCAAUCGAGCUGGGGGGGUCACAACAUUCUAUACAGGCCGCGCCCAGCCAUCAAGGGUCAAGUUUUAGCGGACUGCAUCACAGAAGUCCCAGAAGAUAAGAUCAAAGAUUGUGUUGUUGACACUCCCAUCAAAGACACGUCCGAGGGAUUAUGGUUGAUGUACACCGACGGGGCCUCAAACGAAGAUGGCGCAGGAGCUGGAUUGCGCCUUGUUAGCCCUGAGAAACAUGAAUUUACGUACGCCAUCAAGUUGGAUUUCAAGAAUACCAACAAUGAGGCGGAAUAUGAAGCAUUCCUGGCAGGCCAGCGCCUCGCCAUCAAAAUGGGAGCUCAAAACUUACAAGCACAUGUUGACUCAUUGCUAAUCGCAAGUCAAAUCAACGGGUUAUAUGACGCGAAGGGCAAAGUUAUGGCUUUGAACUUUGAGCAGGCGAAGGAGUUGCUCCAGCAAUUCAAAUUAUACAAAGUUGUUCAUAUCAAUCGAUCUGAGAAUAAGCCAGCAGACGCGCUAAGCAAGCCAGCUUCAACAGCCUUCCAACACCUCACCAAAGAUGUCAGGAUCGAAGUCUUAAAAAACCCGUCUGUUCUGCUGAGACAAGUGAAUGUAAUUGAGAUAGGGACACCAUCUUGGAUGACUCCUAUCAUCCAAUAUCUUCAAGAAGGAAUUCUCUCGGAAAACAAAGCAGAAGCGAGAAAGAUACAGAACAAGGCGUUGUUCUAUGAAAUGAACGGUGGAAUCUUGUACCGAAGAUCCUUCUUGGGGCCACUUCUGCGCUGUGUGGACCACCAAGAUGCAAGUUACCUAAUCAGGGAGAUUCAUGAAGGCAUCUGCGGCAUCCAUGCGGGACCGCGCAUGGUUGUCGCGAAGACAAUGAACCCUGGUUACUACUGGCCAGGGAUGCACAUUGACGCUUUAAAGGAAUUGCGCAAAUGCGACUCCUGUCAAAGGCACGCCCCGAAAAUGUGA